GAUGACUAAUUGCUAUGGCUGACGUGCUAGUAUCAUGGUCGGAAACCAUCCAUUGCUAAUCGUCUUGGAAUGUUCUUGAGAUCACGCAACCAUGUCUAAUCAACUAAUUUGGUUGUUAUCUUCACUACUCACUUAGGGUUGAGAUACGUCAUAUCUCUACCCUGCGAUACAGAAAACAAAAGCUUAGUAUAUUGUCGAGACCUUUUGCGACUUUCCAUAAUUGCAGAUGGGUAAAUCAUGCGAACACCACUAGUCUGCUCUAGGAUUGCUGACGUACCUCUGAGUCGAUCGUCUUUUGUGCUGUUUUUGGUCCUAAUAACUGAGCUAUCAGUCAGAAAUACGGAACAUCAGCGUCUUCUUCGAAGAGGGAUAGGGGUACGCUUUACCCCUAAUUAGUAGUUGAGUGGAGCGGACGUUGUGAGCAACGUGGUACGCCGUCCGCUCUCAAAGAAAUGGUUCCAGCUUCAAGGAGAUUGAUGCGUUUGUCAUUGUUACUCCUGAAGAGUGACGAAGACGGCGGCAAGGUAUCAAACUGUUUAUGAAUGUGUCGAUGCUGAUAGAUAAAUUGUUGUUUUGGUGAAAGGUCGUUGAUAGUCGUGAUUGGAUGCAGUUCAUCACUAUUAUUUAUCGCUUCAUUCAAGCGUCGAAAACAAAUCAAUAAGAGCUCGCAUUGUAUGGAGCAUUUCACGUAAAUGGUACGAUGCUGCUAGCUUUUAGAACGUAAGAUGGAUGUAAAUGCACGGAGAAAUGGUACAAAAGGAAGUGAUAUCAGCAUCUUCUGAGCCAAAAGCCUUAAAAUUGGAAACUUCCGCCUUAUUUCUUAAAGAAGGAAUUCCAUCAAAACAGCCAAUAAUUGAACGAACGAGUAAGCAAGAGAAAAUCAGAAGAAAUAGACAAAGUAGGCAGAAUCGAAAAAAAGUGAACGCGAAAAGAUAGAGAA